GCAAAGUUGCUGAAUAAAAUUAGAAAGGAUUUUAAAGCAGUUUAUUUAUUUUAAUCGAUCUAGCUAGACAGACACACUUUGGCUUUUCUGAAAUGUCAUGGAGCCUGACUAAAAUUUCACACAACGUCAGCACUGAAAACAUUUUUUCACGUUUGAGCUUUUGACAAACAAAUGGUAGAAAUCGGCGCAAGAUCAUCACAGAACGAUGGGCCUUAUAUUUGGGAUCGGAACUUGACAGCUGUUGUCCUAAUAACGGUUUCGUGAAAAUGACGUCAAGGUUAGCGGCCACCCUUUCAGACUCGCGCCAAUUCGAGAUUUCCGGUUGACGCGUGCGCCACACACAGACUGCAGACAGAAAUGGAUCUAAGUGAUUUUGAAGCAGAUAACUCUGUUAGUUGCCGCUUGUCCUCCUCCAUCCCAGAUGUUUGUAAAACAGAGGACUGCUGCCUGGGCAUCGAUGAGGCGGGCAGAGGACCAGUACUGGGCCCUAUGGUGUAUGGAAUAUGCUUUUGCCCUGUAUCCAAAAAGGAAGACCUGAAAAAUUUAAAAGUGGCAGACUCGAAGACGUUGACGGAGGCAGAAAGGGAGAACCUUUUUACGAAGCUCGACGAGGCCAAAACUUUUAUAGGUUGGGCCCUUCAAAUCCUUUCCCCCAACACCAUCUCCACAAGCAUGCUGCAAAGAGCCAAAUACAAUCUAAAUGCUCUCUCGCACGAUGCUGCUAUUGGUCUGGUGCAGUAUGCUUUGGACUGUGGGGUGCAGCUCAAAGAGGUUUUUGUGGACACUGUGGGUCCUGCAGAAAAGUAUCAGGACAAACUCUCACAGCGAUUCCCCGGCAUUGAGGUUACGGUUCGUCCUAAAGCUGAUUCUCUCUUUCCCAUCGUCAGCGCUGCCAGCAUCUGUGCCAAGGUUGCUAGAGAUCACGCUGUCAAAUCCUGGAAGUUUGCAGAGGAUUUGGGUGAGGUGGACACAGAUUACGGCUCUGGAUAUCCCAAUGAUCCCAAAACUAAAAGCUGGUUGCUGAAGUAUCUGGAUCCAGUGUUUGGUUACCCUCAGUUUGUGAGAUUUAGUUGGAGUACAGCACAGACACUGAUGGAUAGCAAAGCUGUUCCUGUCCACUGGGACGAUGAUGAAGAAGAUGGAGAAAAAGCUGCCGCUCGUCAGAACAACACAUCCAUGCUGUCCUACUUCAGUCGCAGCAAGCCAGCCGAGCUCACACACUCACGAGACACACACCGGUUUUUCACUGAGCGUAAACUACAGAGCAUCGAUACGCUUUGAACACAAAUACCAAAUACAGUCGAGCUGACUAUGAACCAGUGUUUUCAGUUCUUGUUUUUAACGGUAUUGUUGUUUUCUUUAUGUAAACUGAAUAAAGGUCAAAUAAUUUCAA